AUGAAUCGCUCUACUAUACUGUCAGAGAUACAUCCCGUGCAUAUUCAACCUGUCAGAUUGAGGUGCACAGCGUCAUGCUCUCGGCCAGCCUCCCUUACUUCGGAACCCGCUUCAUGUAGCAGAAGAGUGCUGCAGCAUGCAUUUAGCACACAAAAUAAUUCCAGAUCCGUGCCUCUUCGAGCAUCUACUCAGGAGCAAGAGACAGUGGCAGAAACCCCUGGGACAGAAGAAAAGUCUAAGAAACGAAGGGCGCCAGGAAGGCAGACGUAUCGACCAUCAUCUUUCCAAGAGCUGGUCAACGACGCCACUGCUUCAGUGAGAGCUGCGAUCGGUGAUGGGCUCACGCGGCUGGAAGUGGAGUUUCCUGCCCUUCCUGGUAACAUAGACGGCUACAAAGGUGCUUCAGACUGGUUCAUUGAUUCCAACAUCCAGCUGGCGAUUGCAGCAUCGAGAAUACUUGUGAAGGAGUCGGGCAAGCGCGUGCACAUCCUUGUCCCAGAUGGGGGUGAAUACAAUCGAUCGUACAAGAUGUUCAAGGGGGCCCUUGAUCUGGCAGACGGUAUUUCAAUGGGCCACCUGAAGGAGAACAGCAAGGGAGUCUUCAGCAGCUUCAAUUUUUUUGGCAGCGUGCCGGACGCAGAUGCUGAGACACUGAGUCAGGCUGCCAGGAAGGCAGACGUCUUCAUUGUUGUAAAUGCCUCCACGAUUGAGCUGCCCGAUCUGGAGCGCUAUAUUGAGGAGAUUGUUGGAGAGCGCCCUCUGGUGCUGUGGAAUCUGGAGGUUGACACCCUCAGAGCUGAUCUGGGCUUGCUGGGCUUCCCUCCCAAGGAACUGCAAUACCGCUUCUUGAGUCAAUUUACUCCGGUCUUCUACAUCAGGCAGCGUGACUACUCCAAGAGCGUGGCAGUGUCCCCCUUCAUCAUCAAUUACAGCGGCUGCAUAUUCAGGGAGUACCCUGGGCCGUGGCAGGUGAUGCUGCGGCAAGACAACGGGCAGUAUGCAUGCAUUGCCGAGGACGAGAGGCGGUACAACCUUGGAGAGGCAAAGGAGGAGAUGAUGGCAGCCAUGGGCUUGGACACAGAGGAGGAGGGAUCAGCCCUGCAGUUCCUGCGCCGCGGCUACAAGAGGUCAACAUGGUGGGAGGAUGCGGUGGACCUGGAGCAGACAGACAUGUGGAGGAGAUAG